AUGUCAGCUAAUGCGCUCCCUCGAACAGACAUCAGACGCAGUGGUCGCGCGACCAAAGGUCAGCACACAAAACUCGAGACUGCCGAAGUCACAACGCCCAAGAACAAGAAAGGCACUGCCACUGCUUCGACCAAGAAGAGCAACAGCAAGAAAUCGGCCGAGCCCGAACCUGAGCCCGAAGGAGACGACGAAGAAAACAACGAUGAAGUUAUCCGCUGCGUUUGUGGAGACACCAAGGACGACGAGGUCGGUCGCCAAUACGUCAGCUGCGAUACUUGCGAGGUGUGGCAACACAAUGUCUGUAUGGGCGUGCCGCUGGAGGAGGAAAACCAGCCAGAACACUACUUCUGCGAGCUAUGCGCACCCAAUGACCACAAGGAGCUACUGGAUGCCUUGAAGCGUGGAGAGAAGCUAUGGCAAACGCGCAUCGCCGAGCACGAGGCCGAGAAGCGAAGAAAGCGCAACGAGAAGAAACGCCCCAAGAAUCGCCAACAGAAAGCUGCCCGUCAGAGCGAAGUCAAGUCUGAGGCUCCAGCCAGCGAGCAGACCAGCCCUGCACCUACUGCUUCUGCAUCCGUCCCGGCCCCUUCGCAAGACUCUGCUCCUGCUGCUGGCAGCAAGCGCAAAUUUGAAGAAGAGACCCCACAGAAAGAGCAGGCGCAGGCAGAGACUCAGGCCGAAGAGACGAGACGAUCGUCAUCAGCAGCUACGCAGUCCAAGCGCCGCAAGUCGGAGCAGAAGAAGGACGAUAAGGUGGACGCCGAUACAGCGCUUGUUGAUGUCAAAGAUCUGCCCAAGGAGAGACAAGGACCUGCUCAGGCACUUAUCAAGGUUUUCGCCGAUGUUGUUCGCGAGAGAGUCACAACUGGAUCUUACAGUCUUGGCCAAGGCGAAAACGCCGACUCGGUCAGCCACCAUCAUGCCAUACGUAUCGAGUACGAACUGUACCAAACAUAUGGUGCACCUCCUCAAUCGCAAGGCUACAGUCAACAGUUCAGAGCCAUCCAUGCCAACAUGAAGAAAAACCCCAUGCUCGUUCAACGCAUGCUCGACAAUUCACUGACUGCACACGGUCUUGCAACUAUGUCUUCACAAGACAUGGCCAGCGAAGAACUGCAGAAGCAGCGUCAACAACUUAAGGAAGAGGCCGACAAACAGGCCGUCAUGUUGCGCGACGACGAGGACGACAAGCCUCGUGUCCGCCGUACCCACAAGGGCGAUGAAUACAUUGACGACCAGGCCGAAGACGCCCAUGAAUCAGUCUUCACCUCAGCACCUGUUCGCAGUAGAGAGGAACAAGAAAAGCCACCAACACCUGGCUCCGAAGCUCCUGCUGCUGCUGGUGCUGCUGCAUCACCCGAUGCAAUGGAUGUCGACCGCCGCGAAUCAAACUUCGAUAUCAAUUCUGUCUGGGCAAAGACUCCUGCUGAUCAACAAGCACAGCCCGCUCGCCGACGCAGCUCGUUCGCCAAGACGCAGACACCUCAAGAGAAGGGCGAGAAGCACGAUGCAGAUGUCGAUCGUAUGCUCGCUGACGACAACGAGACUGACUAUGCUCCUCCCGAAGCCAAUGGCGUUGUCUGGAAGGGUCAACUUGUUCAGCCCGGCGUUACUGAGUUCACUGCUUGUGCUCGUCAUGCUGCCGGCAACGACUUUGGUCAGUUCAUGCCUUGGACCGAACUCUUGCCCCCAGUUCUUGAGAUUGAGGGUCGUUUGGAAGCUAAGCGCGCUGACGAUUAUCUGUGUGGUCUGCAAUGGAGCAAGAAGAGCGACGUGUCAGUUCUUGCAUUGACACCCUACGACAACCGCGCUGCUUUCGAUCAGAUUUUCGACUACUUCGCUUCUCGUGGUCGUUAUGCAGUCAUCGGCAAAGGUCGUGGCAUGUCUUCGAUUGUCAAGGACGUUUACAUCACCCCCGUCGGCCCUGGCCAUAACCUGCCACCUCACAUCAACCUGCUCGAGUAUAACACACUUGACCCCAACGUGCCUGAGCGUAUGCUUGUUGUCACGUUCGUUGUCAACAAGCCCGAGCACUGGGACAACCCUGUCGUACCCGAUGCUCCCCAGCCAGUCGGUGCCAGCCCCGUAAAUGGUAAUGGUACACACGGUCCUCAGUUCUCACCGCGUCCACCUCAGGGAUUCACUCCUAUGCAGAACGGCCAUGCCCACCAGCAGCAGUUUGGCGGCAUUCCUCCUAACCCCUAUAGCGCACAGUCUCCUGUGUCAGGACAGCCUUACUCCGCCCCCAACUCCGGAGCUGGAGCAUAUCCCUCGCCUUCACCACAGUUACCGCCCCACCCUAACCCCAUGGUCCAUAGCAUUCUGGGCCCUCUUGCCCAUACACCUGUGGUUGCUCAAAUCCUUUCCGCUGCUGGCAACAAUGUUGAGGAGCAUGUCCUGCUUAACAUGCGCGACAUCCUUGCGAACGAUCCUGCCGCACGUGACGACUUGGGCAUCUUCUCACAACGUCUCGCCAACGUGGGAUCGCAUGGCCAACAGGGAUAG